UCCAAGCCAGGCUCCAUCCGCAUAGGCUGCCCCAGCCCCGCGUCUUGGUCCUGCCGGCAGCCGGCUUGGCCCCCCGGUGCACCCGGAGAAACACUUUCCUCGAGCUCCGUGCCCGGACAGCCAGGCCUCCAAACCCGUCCUGGCAUCGUUCAAGCAUUGCAUCCCGCCAGUGCUGUGCUCGCAUCUGUGCCAGGAGCAUUGUGGGUCUGUGGCCCUGUGGCACUUUAACCAGGGCACAUCCCCUGGUAGUGUGUCAAGUGAGGGAACUUGCCGUUGGCUGGACAGACUGGGGGUGUGCUGCUCACGGCCUGCUCGUGGCCGGCUUUUGCUCCCAUUACAACUUGCACGGGACAAAGCGAGACCAAGCGGAUGGAUGUUGAGAUGUCACAGCCUCUCCGUUCAGCAUCAGAAUACCCCUUAAGGUGUCCCAGCUGUUCCUGGGCUUGCUGCAGCCUGAAGAUGAUCCAUUUUGCAGCCUGUUGAGCACACUUUGAUACCUGUGCUUCUCUGCUGGUUUCUCCCUCUCUUCCAGAUCAGGAUUAAGCUUUACAUCCUUGCCGCCUUUCUGCGCCUGCUACUGCUUACUCGCUUUGGAGGUGGCAAAUCUCACCGCUGGCUGAUGACGCCGGCCGUGGCUGUCGGAGCCCUUCUCAGCCUGCCUCCCCUUCUCUGUGGGAGAUCCCCAGCCUGUUGCAGAACAACCACAUUAUCCUCCUCCAAAUCCCUCUUUUGCCGUGACGUCUGCAGAACACUUGACUGAGAUUAGUCUGUCAUGCGGAGGCUCUUACCCCCCUGCUGACCUGUGCUUCCCCUUCUGGGGCUGCUUUUGGCUUGUGUCUGUUCCCUUCUUGUGCAGCCGGUGGCGGCACAGGCACUGGUCCGGGGCUGUGGUGAAACCGGAGUUCUGGGAGGAAUGUUGGACACGAGUAGUUCUGUGCUCUGUCUGCUCAGGCACUAACUUUUCCAUCACAGCUUUCUUGCUUGUGCAGUGCCCUCUCCCAAUAGCAUCUCCAACACCCACAUUUCUUCAAAAAGGAUCUUUCACUGAAUCCUCCUCGUUAUUUUGAGAGGUAUCAAUGAGGCUAAAGAUUUUAUAACUUCUUGGUGCAGCGUCCAGCUGUGGAGCUGGUGAGGCCGCCAGCUCAGCGUGAAAGGAUUGGAGUUCUGCUGCUUGCAUCACAAAAUCCUGCCUGUACUGCUGCUCAGUGCCUAUUUUUUUUAUUUAAAGCAAUCAUUUGUGCUUUUGCGCUGGGCAGAUAGCAGUGUAGUGCCUUGAGCAUGAUCCCAGCAUUAUCCCUCAGGCCAUUGUACACUUGGGCCCAGUGAUGUGUUUCCUUCAUGUGGCCCUACUUAAAUUUCCUGUUUCCUCCUCACUUGGCAGUGAGUGCCCUUGGAUCAACACCAGUUUGCUGUGACAGCAAGUUGCAGACCGUUGUUCAAACAAAGGAGCAGCAAGAAGUGUUUUCUUGCCACAACGUUCGGCAUCAAUGAAGCAUGACUGAAAUAGCCUCCAGCUUUGCUGUCAGGUCUUCAGGAGGAUGCUGCACCUUUGGCAGGGACUCAGAAUCAAUCUUUGAACAGAAUCAAUUAGGAAGUUGGAAAAUUGAACGUGAUGCUGCAUAGAUUUGACGUGCUCAGGCUGCUUAGUGUUGAGAUGUCUCAAUCGUGGUGUUCUUGGCACGUGCACAGGGAGAGGGUUCAACGAAGGGCUGCUUUACCGAGGGAAAUAUGAGAUCUAGUUACCCAAAGCUGCGGCGUGUCAAACUGUAAAUGGGCUGCAGAUUUUCCUGGUUUCACCAUUGGAACCCUACAUCAUGGGAUGGGUUGGAUGGGAUUGCCUGAAAUCUUUGUUUAGGUUUGAGGAUAUUCUGCGAGAGAUGUUUCAGUUUUACUGCAGAGAUAAAUGAGUGAUGGGAUUUUCUUGAUGGUCCUGCUAACUUGGGUUAUGCCCAGUAUCCAACCUGAUGCUUGUGUGAAGUGUUGUUUUUCCAGUCAUUUGGACCUUUUUUGAACUGCCCACUUGCCUAAUGCCAUGAAUAUUGCGGUGAACAAUGUGGAAGAAAAAGCUGUUCAUUCCUGGUCGAGAAUUUCCUCUGCGGGACAGAAAGUGCUUGAGGAAGCCCUCCGAGUCUUCAACCCGAUGUCCAAGGACCUUUUGGACACAGAAACCCAGCUGGUGGCCUUCAUUCAGAGCCUGAAGGAGGAGGGCUACCAGCCCACAAUUCUGAGGAGUAAGGAUGUGUAUGGGUACAGCUCGUGCACGGCAGACACACCCAGUCAAACAAAAGAGAGUGCCCCACACGACUGCACCAGCGCCGCCGAGUCUGACAAGAGCCCGGCUAGAAACACCACGGCCGUGGCAAAGGUGUCUGCUUCGCCCCCCGGUGUUGCCGUAAACUCUGCGAAAGUCUCCACUCAACCUGUCUCUAAAGGGGAUUCCACGAAUCUCCUCUUGAGCUCUUUGAAGCAGACGAGAUCGGGCACGUCCAAGGCUGCGGCAGUGGGUUUCCCUACAAGCAUGUAUCCUGACGUGUAUCCAGCCAUGAGACUGUCGGUAGUUCUGGAAGCUCUGGUGCCGCUGAAAACUACCGCGUCCUGUUUGGAGUCCAAGUACACGCGAGGGCGUCUUGGGAUCUCACCCUCAGACCUUAAACUCCUUAAGGCUUCGAGUCCGCAGAGGCAGUUUUCUUCAGGCAAGACCACUAAAGUAACAGAAGGUAAGGGGUACAGGCGUUUGAUAAAGAAAGCACCGGAUUCCGCCAACCUCACUUUAAAUCUUCUGAAGGGACCAAGGAGUGGAGUGCUGCAGGAGAGCAAUGCUUGCAAAGCCUCGGGAGUCCUCAACGGGAGGGUCACAGGCAGCUCGUCCCAGGGCUGCACUGCAGCACCGCAGUCCAAGAGCUUGAAAAUCAAAGAUAAGGAAGCACUGGUGAGGAAAACCGAAUGGAAGGACACCAGCACUUACCAGGAGAGUGUCGGGCAAAAGAAGAGAAGAGCUACAGAAGCAAGAGAAGCACCGCAACGAAAGAAAGCAAAUACCAUUCCUGUCCGAAAUAAAUCUCAACGGGCUCCAAGCACUUUGAACCUGCUGAAAUUCCGGGCCAUCAAAGUGGGCAACUCUUCCUCUGAUGAUGAAGUGAGGAGGAGAGCACAGAAGAUUCUUAGGGUCAACCUGUCCCCUGUGAUCCGAAUUCAACCCUUGUCCCACUCUCACAGCGUCCCCUGAGUUCCUUCACUUUGUCACAUUUUUUUUUAUGUAAGUAAAAUACAAGCCUGGCACCAGAGCGUGGAGAAGUUUAAGGGCAACUCUGGAUCUCUGAUGCCGAUCUGUCAACUAACCUGCAGACAGAGCAGCCUGCUCUCGCGCAGUUUCUGCCUGUCACCGCUGCUCUGCAGAACUGCAGAAAUACUAAAAACCUGUUUGAGAACGCGGGAUGGUGACUCUGGCCAGAGGAGGGCUCGCUUCCCACGGGCGCUCCUCUGAACGCGGCAGGCUGCGCGCUCCCGCAGGGGGAGAGCAGGGGAUUUUCUCAUGACAUUGAUGCACUGUGAUACUGCUCUUUUUCAAGCUGUACAUUUACUGGUUUUAUUUUGAUCAAAUUUUAUAACUUUAUUAUCUAUAUAUCUCUAUAUCCAUAUAUGUGCAUAUGACCCAGGAACUGUGGGAAGAUGCACUUCCUCCAUCCCUCUGGGAUUGGGUUCAAUAGCUUUUGUUCCCCCUCCCCUUCAGCCAGUCUUUUGUUGAAAGGUGCCAGGUUUUCUUUGUGAUUCAGUGUUGUGACAGCCUGUUCUGGGCUCUCUUGAGCAGCUCAGAGGCAGGCAGAGUUAUAGCCACUUGUUUCUCUCCAGAUAUGCCAAACAAUUUGGAGAAUUACCAGCUGAUAGUUGACUGUAAUCAUUAUUUUGGUAUUACCUCUGCGUAAGAGUGGGGGAGUGUUACAGGGCUGUUGCCUGCAAGUCUGCCUGAUAUCUCUAGGUGCCUCCUCCGUUCGCUGGUAGCAGAAGCUCCCAACUCAUGGUAGGGUUUGCCUCCAAAGAGCAAUUCCUCCUCAGCACCCAGUUUCUCUGCUCUCCUGUACCCCAGGUGCAGAUGCAGAGCGUGAACUGUGACUGUAACAACCGAGGGGCUGGAGUUGUCAGCAGGAAUUGCGUAAAGUGUCCUGCCCACCACCUGACUGCUGUGCUGUUGCUGUGAGGUUUCAGGAGCAGGUUCUAGGUGCUGGUAGAGAAGGCACAGGCUGUGUUUGAAUGUAUUAGAUCCAUCCUGCCAGUCCCAGAGCUCAGUGGGGUACUUGAGAUUGAGUUAAAGCAGAAAAGUGAAAGCGUUGAGAGUAUAUAUGCCAGUACUUAAACGUAGAGAGUUUCUGUUGGUUUGUGGGGGUGAAGCAGUUGGAGGGGAGAUGGGCGCCGUGUGGUGAUGGGUGACAGCUUUGCUGUGCCAUCUGGGAUGUCACGAGAAGGUGUGUGGCAGGCGUGAAAGCUCCCGGAGCGCAGGCUCUGCCCGUCCCCAGGAGGCACUGUGGAACUGCUGCCGACGGCUGGGCUGCGUGCUGGCCGAGGUCGGGUCUGCUCUCCACGGGGAGGGCUCUGCUUGCUCCAGGAGAAACACUGCGGUAGAGCAGUACAUGCUGCCACUGUCACCAGGCAGCUGGGAGGGAUGGCCUGGGCUGAGACUGUCUGCGAUAGGAUACUGCAAAAGCAGAACCUGGUGGCAUGGGGAGAGGAAGCAGCGUCGGGCCGGGCACGGACCUGGCUCUGUACGCUGCUGUAUGUUGGGAUCUCUGCAGCAGCAGGCUGGUAAUCCACUCAUUCUCUCACCAGCUCAAAAUACCAGUUGUCUGACCUCGUAAUCUCUGUGGACGUUGGCUGAAGGAUUGAACUCCCCUGGGAAGCCCCAGCUCCUCGCGUUUCAGCCCCUCCCUAGCACCUGGCUGGAUUUCAGCACUUUGUAAAAGGGGUCAGCAUUGAUCCCCAGCUCAGAGAGGAAAACCGUGGCACUCAGAGGAGAGAGGAGGUUCACGAGGGACUGAGAAGGCAGGAAAGCUGGGACCCCCGAGGCACAGCUGGGGUUCUUCCCCCCUCGCCCAGGUGGAGCAGGGUGCAGGUUUUCCCUUGGGGGAUGAUUGCAGGCUCUGGAUCAUGCACUCAGGUUCUGUGUGGUUUUACUGUGCAUAUCCAAGUUGCUGUCAGAGAUCAUAACUUGCAGUGUUUGGGACUGACCUGUGAAUGCCGCUGGUUGGCUGCAGAGGAGGAGGAAAUAUUUUCUUCUGCUCAGUGUUUUAAAAUGCCCUGGCAGAGAGUUCCCUGUCCUGACAUGAUGCUGGAUGAACAGGGACCCUCCAUCACUGUUAACCGGCCAAAAAUUGCUUUGUCCCUUUUGUUCCCACUCCUUCAGACCUUUCUCAUUCCCACGCUCUCAAAUGGCAGGUCUUGAAGGCUUGCACUGGAGUUUCUCUUUUUGGCUGUUUCCUGAGGAGGGCUCUGAACUCCUGCCUGUGAUAUCACUGUCUGACGGGCUGCUGGGCAGCUUCCCCUCUUCCCAGCCCCUUAUAAGGGCACCAAGAACUGUCUCUGGAGCCUCUUUGUGCAGCGCAGACAUCCCAGCUGAGUGCCUGGCCUCCAGUGAGAAAACAACUGUGCAUCAACAAGGCUGAAUUUGGGUUGAGGUUGCUUUUCCUCCAGCCUAGCAGGAAGCUGAGCACCUCAGGCCAGCUUACCAGGCUCCAUCCCUACUCUUUGUUGUGUUUCUUCCCCCAGCUGCACAGCUGCCCUGCCUCCUCACUUUUUUCCAUCACCUCGUGUCUUUCGCAGCUGGGUCUUUGCCAGUCAAGGACUUGGCUUGUACUGUUGCUUAACACAUCCAGCAAAACAUACCGCCUUAGCACUGCCAUGACUUUCCCAGCACUGAGCUGAGUUCUGCAGGUGCUUGACGGCUCCCCCAGGGUCCUUCUCAGGCCACCAGCAAGAGAUCUCCUCCACGGGGAGAGAUGAGCAUUAGACACUUCUGUGUCACUAAGGCUCCUGCCAGGGAAUCCAGCACCCAGUAGCUCUGUGUUCAGGGACUUGCCUGUCAUCAGUCCAGUCUGUCAGCUCUUCUGCACAUCUCACGGACCGCAGGGCCCCUGAGUGCUUGGAGCUCAAUUCUCUGCCCUCCUGAUGUCUCCUCUCCCCCCUCGCAGGUGAUUUGGGAACUUGGCUGGAAGGGUUGUAGCUUGUUAUUCACUUUAUAGCCCCCCUGGUGCCAGUGUCACUGCCUGUCAUCCAGCGCUGGCAGACGGGUGCCUGCAGCCUGAUGGUGGUUGGUUUCAUCGUCCUUCAUCUCACAGCUGGGUGUGGGUGCUCCUGAUAUCCUGGGCCUUCAAUACCGGCAUGCAGGAGGCUGCAGAAGGGGCCGUGCUGUGGAUACUGCUGUCUGGUGUUUAGGGAAGAUGAAGGGUUGGAUCAAACCAGACCUGCCUAAAACCUGAUCUAACCAGAGAUCACCCUCCAGAGGUCCCUUCCACCCUGUGUCAGUCUGUGACAGCAGGGUAAGACUUGCCUUCCAGGGAUCUGCACCACAGUAACUGGCAGGGCAGGUAGAAGUGUGUUGCCCGGAGUGCUGUGAUCUCUGCCGAGUGUGCUGUGUGCAGGUUGUCCAGACCUGUUUCUGUAUUAGUCACUUUGAAUUCAUCCAAGUGCCUAACCCAGCUUAUGUUGUUCCUGGGCACCAUGACAGCCGAGAGCUUUGGAGACUCUUAGGAAUGCUUUUACUGCAUGGAUUUAUGCCACUGUCACUUCUAGAAAUGAUUCAGCCAGCGGUCAAAGGGCUGUUCGUCCAACUGAUUUUGUGGAAAUCAUUUCUCCUUUUAUUCAGCUGCCAAGAAGCAAGAGUUUAUGCUUCGCCUCCAUCAGACAAGGUCCUUGAGUUUCCUGUGUGCUUCAGAUGUCUGUCGGCAAGGUCCGUGGGGAGAGCAGCUUGUCCGGCAGGCAGCUGAAGGGGAAGCUGACAUCAGAUACCAGUUGAAAUCACAUUGUUAACUGGUAGAAAUGUUUUGUAGCUCAUGUCCACUGUGAUCAGAUUUCACCGUCUGCCGCUACUUUUAGUUGGAGGAGUUUCUGCUUGGCCUCUUCCCUGAAAGCCAUGUAGCGUGGUGCCGCUGCUUCCGAACUAUUUUUCUCCACCCCACUACCUGCAGAGCCAGCUGCCAUGGCGAUCCUUGUACAGAAUUUCUUAAGCACUUUUCUGCAGAAUAAGAAGGGAUUAUUUUAUUACUCCUGUUUUGUAGCCCACUAGUGGUAUUUCAGUGCGAGGAGGAGGUGUGCUCCCUUGGAGUGUUGUGAGCACUCCACAGCUGCCCCUGUUCUGCCACGUGUCCCCCGGGCCCCCCUUGUACACCACCAGCACUUCUCCACUGGUGGAGCUGGUGGUGAGCACAGAAUUUGGGCCUUUUCAGCUGUGACUUGUGCUGUGUUCAUGGCCAGACCUUGCCAGCAUGUGGGGGAGUGCAGCUGCUCCAGCUGCUCUCCUCCUUGGGUCCAAGUUCUCUGUUUGGGAGCUGGGCCUUUGGCCGCGGCAUAAGGGACACAUGGGGACAGAGAGCAGGUUUGUCUCUCAGCUGCAGCUGGACAGUGUGACACCAGCUGGGUGGCUUCUCAGGCAGGAGGGCAGGUUUAGGUGGGAGGAUCCUUGUUUCAGCCAUGGUUGGCAGGCUCAUUGCUGAGCUGUGUGGAGCUCCUGCUGCUCAAGCGAGUUGGGAGUAACAGUUCCUGUUUCAGUCUUCAAAACGGCACUUGUGGUUUGAUGGGGAUGGCUUUCUGGGAGCUGAAGUGGCCCAAGGAGAGGAUGGCUGUUCUGGGGCACCUCACACCUUCCUAACAGUGCUGCAGCCCUCGGCUUUGCGAGCUGGGUGGGCUGGCACCGCUCGUGCAGAGGGCAGCAGGGCAGGUUGCUCCCAGGCCCUCGCGUUUGGGACUCUGCUAGAGCGCACCACGCUGGGGUUUCCCUCUCCUCACAGCCUGUUCCUGCCUGGGACUGGGUGCUGUUAGGAAGGUGCCAGGUGCCUCGCUAGAUGGUGGAGCAGAGGUCUUGUCCCAGAACCAGCCUUUGUCACUAGGUCAGCCCUGGGUGUUGAGUGAACCUUGUCUGUAGGUAUGACACUGCCAGCACUCGCAGCUUGGCCAGCUGCUGCCUCCAAAGCCGUGGUGCUAAGGCCAGACUCCUCAGUUUGCUUGGGAAAACUGAGGAAGUCUGGUGAAAAAGCAAGAAGCUGGGAUUAGGGGAAACCAAAGAUGCCAGCAGCGCCUGGCUGGCCAGCUUCUGCUGCGGCGGAUCUGCAAACAGGAGCCGGGGCCGGGGCCUGUCUGCCAGGUCUGUGCACUUCCUCGGGUGAGCAUCUGAAAUACCUUCUCCUGCGGGGAUGAUUAGGCCUUGCCCUGAGGAGUCCCUUAAAGGCCUUAUUAUCGUCUGGGACUCUCUCCUUGUUGUCUUAAUUAGCCCUUUCCUUUCCUGUUGCUACAGGCAGCCCCUGUGAGAGUCUGGUGAUUCCCACAGACACAGUCAGGCACGCGGUGCUGUUGUAAAAGAGAAGGUGCUGCAAAGCUACCCCCAGAAAUACCUCCCCCUCCUACCCCUGCUCCGCCACGCUGCCCAGAGGGACGGGACAAAACGAGUGUUGGCAUUUGUGGCGGGGAAGGAGUGGUGUGUGUCACCGUUCCCUCCUCCUGCCUGCCAGUGCAGCACUCCCCAGGAGUAGCAUGUCCUGAGCAGAGGCACAGCAGCCGCUCUGAGGGAUGCGGGGGCUCUGGGCAGGCACUGCCCGGCCCCUCACGCUCCCCUCUGCCAACCUUUGUCUCUAAGAAAGCCGUCCCCACGCCACAGCGUGACCCAUCUGCUCCAGCUGGGCCCAGUGCCCCCGGCUCAGCCGUGGCCAUCCCCUGGUGUUGGGGGGAUCCUGAGUGACGGCCGGGGAGCAGCGACUGCAGCCCGCGGGAGGGCGAGGAACAAACUUUUGUAUGAUGAAUUUACAACAACUGACCAUCUUGUUCUCUAGUGAACUUUUUACUGUGUCAUUUGUGUAGAAUGUUUCCGAAGCUAUAUUAAUAUGUAAUGUUUAAUAUAAGGCUGGGCUGCUCCACACUCAGUGUUGUAUAUUUUGGAAUGGCGUUGUUUAGUGAAAAGACAGCGUUAGUAUUAUUCCGCUCUUCGGAGGGAAAUGGGACAAAAACCAGACUGUCUUUUUUCUUAAAUGAAGUGAACUUUUUGUUAUGAAGUCCUAGCAGGUGUCCAGCCCUUCAGUAAAAUGGUGCUCAGAACUGC